AUGGAUUAUAUGCCUGCAGCUGGGGAGUCAUCCUCGCAAGUACAACGACAGGUUAGGUUGCGGCUCACUUCGCGCCAUGCAGAGCUCGCGCUGCCGGAGUCGACGGGUCCUAUCCUCGUUCCUACCGACCUUCGACGAUAUGCCCUGUCCACGCUUGUGAAUAACCUGCUCGAAUUGCCGAAACCAGUGCCUUUUGAAUUUUUAAUCAAUGGGCGGUACCUCCGAACAUCCAUAGACGAUUAUCUCACUGCCAAUGGCAUUUCGGCAGAAACGGUUCUUGACGUCGAAUAUGUUCGAGCGCUUAUACCCCCGCUUCAUGUUGCCUCUUUUAUGCACGAUGAUUGGGUGAGCGCAAUUGAUGUUUUGUCUGGAACGUCCCCCGCUGUGCAAUGGGGCGGAAGUGAGAUACAGCCAGGAAAGGAGAGGAUAUUAUCUGGUAGCUAUGAUGGUCUGCUGAGGAUGUGGAAUAUGUCUGGGGAGACGAUUGCUGUCUCUUCGUCUGCUAGCAAUGGCGGUCACACUUCCUCGAUUAAGGGAGCUAGGAUAAUAUCACCGGGCCUGGUUGCAUCGUGUGGCAUUGAUCGAACUGUGCGAUUAUGGAAAUACAGUGAGAGCGAAGACGGAUUAUCCGCGUCGAUAGCGCCUCAGAUUGAAUAUUAUGGGCACACGGGCAGUGUGGAUUCUAUUGCUGUGCAUCGCCCAUCGAAUAGGAUUCUUUCUGCCUCUGCUGACCAUACCGUUGGGUUCUGGUCCACAAAAAAAUCCGAAAGUCCUGAGGCAACUUCCGAGCUAUUACCCUCCAGUGCCGCAAGGGCUGCCAAAAGGCGAAAAGUCAAAUCGUCUAUCAGUGUCCCCCAACGAGGGCCACUAGCUUUACUGGAGUCUCAUACUGCACCUGUUUCUGCCGCCAUAUUUGACGCCAAAGACCCAACCGUUGGGUAUUCCACUUCUUGGGAUCACUCACUUCGCACCUGGGAUCUGGUUACUUCUGCCCUUGUUGAUACGCGAACUACUUCUUACGCACUUCUAUGCGUUGAACACCUACCACAGCUCACAUUACUUGCGGCCGGUACUGCUGCUCGGCAUAUUACCAUGAUCGAUCCUCGUGAUUCAGCGACGACAGUUUCUGCUAUGACCUUGAGGGGCCAUAGCAAUAUCAUUGUUUCUCUGGCUCGAGAUCCGAACAGCCAGUACGGGUUGAUCAGUGGUAGCCAUGAUGGGACAUGUAGGAUAUGGGAUAUACGGUCCACGAAGACGGAGCAGGACGGCGUGGCUGGGGAGAGCAUAUACUCUAUUGCACGAAAGAGUGUCGAAGACAAAGGAAAGCGUGUUGGCGGUGAUGGCGUUAAAGUGUUUGAUGUCUGCUGGGAUAAAACAGUGGGGAUUGCCAGUGUUGGCGAGGACAAGGCAAUCCAAAUAAACCGGGGAGAGAGCAUUCUCCCGAAGGAUGCGGUAUCAAAAUAA